CACCGAAACGGCGGGAGUCACGUGCGUAGUACAGUGCGCAUGUCUGUUCUGCGUCUCAGAGUCUCUGACUUUGAAGCUCGCGGUCGUCGGAGUUUCUGUGUUCAUGGCCGGGUUUCAGGCGGCGUGGUCCGGUUAUCCCGCCGCCAUGGCGGUCUGGGCGUCCGCUGUCCCGCCCAUCCCGGUGACACACGAACUGAUGCUGAUACCGCAGGCCCUCCCGCCGCUCUACCUGCCGCCAAAGACAGAGGACAGAGUGGUUGACCUGCAGAGGUCGGUGCUGAACUUGGUGGAAUCUUUUGAUCAUCUGGCUUUGACAGACCAGGAGCUACUGCGCUGGUACCUGUCUCUGUGUUUGGAGGACAGGAAGAUCAUUCAUGAUAAAGGAGGUCUCUACCAGUUCUUGCUCAGUCACCCAGGCCUGAACCACUACCAGGAUUUGGUUUUUGUGAAAUAUGGACGUCAAAAUUCCAGCAGGGCAGUAACCUCCAGCCUAUACAGGACUGCUGGGAGGAGGGGGUCCUGCGAGUGCUGGGACGGAGCGCCGUGUGUUUUGGCGCUCCACUGCACCAUGUGCCCUCAGCACAGCUGGAGACUGUUCUACACAUCUGCCGAUGGAAGCCAGAUUUUAACCACGCCUCAGGAUCCGGCUGCACACAUCCUGCACGCUCUGCACCGGCUGGACUCUGACUACAACCACAUGAAGCAGCAGAUCCUGGCAGGAGUUCCUCUGGAGCAUCUAUACAGGCCAUCGGCGGUUUCUGCAGCAGCUCAUUGUGUACCUGUGCAGGGCAUCAGUGAUGGACCGCCUCGUGCAUCUUCCUGGGCUUGCAGGUCUCCCCAGGACCCACAGAAGCUCCUGGAAGCAGCAGAAGCUGAAUGUGAAGACGACUGCAGCAGCCAGGUCAUUGAGAGGACCGUGGAGGCCGAGGACCCCGGGAGGAGAGCGGAUGCUCCUGAGUCCUGCCCCAGAGGGGGCAGGCUGGUCGACAGGCAGAUGGAGAUCUGCCAGGAGGUCAGUGAGUCGCAGCUUUCAGGAGCUCCAACAGGGGAGCAGGCUGAUGGUGCAAAGACCCCUCAGCUCCUGCAGGAGGGUUGUUCAGCGGACUUAAACAGUCUAGGUACCGAAUCCACUGGUGGGGAAAGCGGUGCGGUGCUGUUUGUGUCCAACCUGUCCAAGGAGGCCAGCCAGCCACGCUCCCCCCCCAGGGCCGACGUCUUCAUGUCGCUCGACGGCAAACAGACCUUUGUGCCGCAAACUUGGGGAACCAUGGGCAGCAUCUGUGCGCUGACGGCACAGCUGCGAAGGCUCCACCCCGAGGCCAGCAGGGCCUCCAUCAUGGCUGCUCUAAAAGGGCUGAGGGCCACACAGAAGGGGCCGCUCUGCAGCCUUUCGCUGGAAUCCGUCCAGGACAUGACCUCUGACCUGCUGAGCAGACAGGACAAGGACUGAGACGGCUCCAAGCUCACGUUUUUGCUUUUCCCUUUGAGUUUGAAGACAAUAAUGAAGAGCCUGUUGGCGCCUGUGAAGCCGUUCUUUACACAUUUCCACUUUAUUUACAACGAUUUUCCAGAAUCUCCUCUUUGCUCGCUCCUGCAUCCCCGGUUUCAGACAUGAACCCUGUCAGGAGGCUGGCACCCGAGGAUGGGAGCAUGAUAGGUUCAAGAGUUCCCAUCAUCAGCUGAGUCUGAUCAACUACAGCUGCUCCUCUGGAUUUGACUAAAAAAGAGGCUGAAACAUUCAACUUACUGGAAAAACGAACUGAGUGAUGGUUCUGCAGAUAAUUUCAAGCAAUAUUCACAAAGCACUCUAGAAGAGAAGGUUCAGCAUGUAAUCUUAAGUUCAGAUGUUUAAUAAAAUGUGUUUGGAGUCGGUUCUACUAUA